AUGGAGUUUGAAUUUUUUGACAUAUCUAAAAUUGCUACCCUUAACAAAAUUUCACCGGUUAUUCUGCCCUUGAAUAACAACAAUAAUAAUAACAACAAAGUUGACAAUAUUCCUGAAAGCACUUCUUCAACCAAAGUUAGGUCAAAACUUUUAGACCCUGAUGAAUAUCUCGAAGACGAUAAUAUGGAAGAAGACCUAAAAGAUUUCACAGUUGUUACCAAAGCUACCCCCUUUGCAGUUGCUAGUCAUAUCAAGUUUACACCCAAAGAAAAAAACAACAGCAAAAUUAUUCUCGCUAUCAAUAAUGUUUUUGCCCAAAAUGAUGAUUUUCGAGAAGUUUCAGUUCGUCGCGUCAAUUUGACGCAUUCUAUAAUUGUCUAUUUUGUGAUAUCAGACAUAGCUGCUGCAGCCCUACACAUGACUAUUCCUGAUCUCAGGAUCGACACUUUUUCGGAUAUGCAAUUUAACGAAAGAACUAUUCAUGUUACUGAUAUCCCAUUACAAAUGAAGUCUGCUAAUAUCAAACAAGUUUUUGCUAAAUAUGGAAUAGUUACCAAUUUUAAAAUGACAGUAAGAG